AUGAGCUCACAAUUUGAGCAGCUGCGCGCUAAAGCCGGCCACUGGACCCUGGCAGAGGACUCACAGCUCUGCUCGAUGUUCGAGGGUUUCUCCCAGAUGCUCCAGCAGAGGACGGGAGCCUUGGAGGAGCGUUUAGGGACAAUGACGAGAAAUAUCACCGAGAUCGACGUCGGCAUCGAGGCGAUCAACGGGCACUUGGAUCUGCUGGCGAGUCGGCAAUUCGUCGAACAGAAAAUCUCUGAGGACGAUCAAUUCCGACCGAUCAAUUCCGAUGUUGGCCCAAUGAAAACGAUGCAACAGAACCAGACAGAGACGAUCGACUCGAUCAAAUCGGCGAUCCGAGGCGGCAUCGGUUUUGUGAGUGGAGAGAUCGGACUGGGAAGAGGGGAAUUCAAUUUGCCACCAAUGAUCGGAAGCGUCGAUUUUCAACGAGAAACCUUUGUUUUAACGAAAAAAACCGAAAAACCGAAAGAGAUUGGAAAAAUUGAGGGAAAUUCAGAGAAUUUUGUCUCAGCACCGCUCCAAAGUGCUCCAAUUAACGCCCCUGAAACGCCUUUACCUCAAGAGAACCCGAUUGACAAAAAACCCCAGCCAAUCCCUCCAGUUCCAUCUCUCCCUGCCCAGCUCCCAAAACGCUCAACCCUGUUCGACUCGGAAGACGAUGAGGACGAUGAGGACGAUAUUUUUGCGCAGGCUAAACGCCACGUGGCCGCCAAAAGUGAGUCUCCAUUCGACCGAUCGAGCAGCUCGAAGAAAUCGACCGAGCCAGUGCCUCUCGUUGUUGAGCCUGUGGACGAGCCGGUAGACGACGAACCGACGACCGAAGUGAUCAAAAAUCUCGAAGCUGAGCCAAACGACUUGUCCAGUGACAUCCAGAAGCUCCCAGGCGACGCCCCGCCCACAAACACCUUCGUGCCGAGUUUGGCCGAUGUUCUGAGCGCCACCACGAAUUUGAAGUCACGAAGAGAAACGGGAACCGCAAAAACCCCCAUUUCCCAUUUUCAAGCACCAAACCCCGACGUACAGUACCCCGGAAAAGUUUCGACGGGAACUACCGUACCCCAAAACCCUCAAAACAAGGUUGACCUCGAAAAGAAGGCACUAAAGCAGGAAACGAAAGCUCCCGAAAAAAAAAUUCCCCCAACCACCACCGCGGCUCCAGUUAAAAAAUCGAUUUUCGACGACAGCGACUCCGACUCGGACCUCUUUACGAUUGCUGCCCAAAAAGUGGCCGCUUCGAAAGCGAAACAAGCCUCGGCGACAAAAAGCGCUCCGAUUACCGUUCCCGAAACGCCUUUGCCUCCAGAAAACCCGAUUAACAAAUCAAAACCACCUUCUCAAAAUGCACAAAAAAUCGAUGAAAAACAAAAGCGAACUACCGUACCCCCUCCGCCAGCUGCAGUACCCCAAGAGGCUGAAAAAGUUGAAAAAGUGGCGGAAAAGCAAAAAGUCGUCGAAUCGGUGGAAAAGAAGCCAAUAAAAGUGUCGGUGAGGAAAACAGGCCUCUUCGACGACUCGGACUCGGAUGAUGAUCUGUUUUCGGCGAUAAAGAAGCGUCCACCAUCGGGCUUCCAACCGCAAGGAAAAGUCGGAGUUGAGAAAUCGAUUUCAAAAAGCUCUCCAAAGCCGAAAAGCCUUUUCGACGACUCGGACUCUGGCGAAGAUUUGUUUGCGAAAUCGAGCCAAUCCAGCAAAUCGUCAAAAUCGAGUAGGCAAAUCGUCAAAAACGAGCCGCGAAUUCAGGCUUCAACUCGAAUUGUCGAAGUUGAGAAAAGUUUGCCACCGAGUGAUCCCUUGGCUACUGUAACUCUUGUGACAUCCAGGAAAGAAGAAUCCCCAAGAAAACUUGAGAAAGCAGAAGCUGGCGUCGAGAAAUUAGUGAGUGAAGAAACUGACUCGACUCUGACCACGUCGAAAUCGAUAAAUGCUUCUGAUAACCUAUUAGAUCAUCGAAUUGUCACCCAGGAAGCAGAUUCAAGACAGAAAGAGAUUACGGUAGCAGGUUUGAGACAGAAAGGGGUUACGGUAGAAGCAGACAAAGUACGAGCCGAGACUAAGGACACCGAAAAGCGUCAAGAAGUUGUGCAAAUUGAACGAGUAGACGCUGUGACAUCCAGGAUCGCCGAAUCUAAAGAAAAAGUCGCUGAAAAGUUAGCGGAGGUCGAGAAAAAGCCUCAAAGUCCAAUCGGAAUCGUCGAAGCGGUGAUUGCUCAGCUUCCAGAGAUUUUCUCGAAGCCGAACGCUUCUGUGUCUGCCAGCUUGCGAGAAGAUUUGCGAGAUUUCCCAAAUCCGUCAACAGAUUUAGUAGAAACCGAGCCGACAACGAAGCCGAGAGGCGCGACUUUGAAUUUGGCCGUCGAGGACGAUCAGCCAUUCGCGCUCCCGACAGAGCGCACUUUUGACGAAAAGCCAGGAAGCGAAAAGAAGCCAAAAUCUAUUUCACCGAUCGUUUCCGCGCAAAUUUUCGACUCAAAUCCGCCGAUUUUCGCGAGAAACGACUCGCCGCCAGCAGCGCCGAAUCAGCCAUCGACGAGUGUUUUCGCGGCUGAGGAGUUCGAGGAAGGGCCUGGCUUUGAGAUUCCGUCAGAUCCCGACCUUGAAAGGAGCACCGACGAAAUGAACGUCCGCGGAAAGUUGAACAACACGGCGCUUGCGAACAAGCUGAACGCAUGCCUCGCGAAACCGCCACCACCCGGGGGUGUUCGCCUCUUUCCACCGCCACCGUCAGUGAAAAGCGAUGAGCCGUCAAGCGCCCAAUCCGUGAGCCCAAUCCCAGCACCGAGCGCCAUUCGGAGGACACACUCCGAACAGGCCCCACCCCAAUCCGAGUCAAAGCUCUUCGACGAGAAGCCACAUUUAUUGAGCUCUACGGUAAAGAAUCGAGUCACUGGGCCGAUGAGACGACCGCCCAGCCGGGCCUCUGUGGUGCUGCGGAGUGGGUCGAGCGAGAGUGAAUCGGGAAAUCGGGCUCAAUCGAUCGCCGCUUUCCCUUCGGAGGCGCCCGUCAUGCGGAGAAACGCCUCCCCGCCGCAGCGAGUGGUUCGAUCAAUGGUGCUACCCAGCGGCUCGAGCGUUCAAGAAAUCGAAAAAGUCGAAAGAAAAUUGUCCGGCUCGAAAAUCGCGACAAGCACAACAAUUACAUCGGAGAGCCCGGAAAAUAAAAAUAUUGGCGUGGUGAGGCCGAAAAGCCCGGAAAAGGCCGCCCAAGCACCGCCAACAAUCGAGCCAACACCGAGAAAGAUUUCAGUGACGAGCGUUUCGCAGAGUCCUCCACUCGUUCGCAAGGGUUCAACGGGAAGUCGAAUUUCGAUCACGUCGCAAACACUGAAGUCAAGUGAUCUAAAAGAAAAAAGCGUUUUUUCGGUGAAAACGACAAGUGGGAUAAGUGCCUCAAAGCCUUCAUCGACAAAUGACCCAUCAAAGCCACCGCCAGCGCCAGCCGCGGCUAAAGUUUCCACAACUACAGCCAAAGCGACCAGCUCCACGGUGAAAAAAUCGCUCUUCGACGAUUCUGAUGAGGAUCUCGACUUGUUCCGGAAAAAG